AUGGACAUCGAUCUGAGCAGAAGGAAUAAAAAGCCCCGCCCUUUGCUAGAAUCUGAACGGGAGAGACUAGAGGAGUUCAUUGAUUCUAUCCAUUAUUCAGCUAGAUACUCAGAUGACCAGUUCGAAUACCGCCAUGUCCAACUUCCCAAAAACAUGCUCAAGAAAAUCCCUGCAGACUAUUUUGACAGUUCAAAGGGAACGCUAAAACUACUGUGGGAGGAUGAAUGGCGAGCACUUGGUAUCACACAAAGCUUGGGUUGGGAACAUUAUGAAGUGCACGAGCCAGAACCACAUAUUCUUCUAUUUAAGCGCCCCUUGAACUAUCAGCCGCCAGUAUCACAGUAA